AUGGCCUGGUGGGACUAUGGCUAUCAGAUCACUGGCAUUGCGAACAGGACCUCGAUCGCGGAUGGGAACACCUGGAACCACGAGCACAUCGCCACCUUGGGCCGGACCCUCACCAGCGAGGUGAAACGUGCACAUAAUGUGAUUCGGCACUUGGCGGACUAUGUGCUUGUUUGGGGCCGCGGCCAGCGGGACGACUUGGGAAAGUCCCCACACCUGGCCAGGAUUGGGAACUCGGUCUUCCCGGAUCACUGCGGGGACGACGACCCCAAAUGCAACAAGUUCGGUUUCUAUUCGAACAAGGUGCCCACGCCAAUGAUGGAGAAGUCACUUCUCUAUAAGCUGGUGGAGCACAACAACAAGGAGGGUGUUAGUGUGAAUGAGAAGCUGUUCAAGCACGUCCACACCACCAAGCACGGCCUCAUGCGAAUCUAUGAGGUGCAGAAUGUCUCCCAGGAGAGCAAGGAUUGGAUUGCCGAUCCAAAGAACCGAAUCUGCGAUGCGCCGGGCAGUUGGUAUUGUGUGGGUCAAUACCCUCCAGCCCUCAACAAGCUCAUUGCCAAGCGCCGGAACUUCGCGCAGAUCGAGGACUUCAACAAGAAGGGUGAGAAAAGCGCUUACACCCGGCUUAUCGAAAAGGAUCAAGAUGAAUCAAGUUGA